AUGCGGGGUGUUACUAUUAGGUUUAGUUUUACUGCUACUUUUAUGGAUUGGUCACUAAUAUUGGAUUCUGGUUAUGGAUUCUGGUUACUCGAGAUUCUGGUUACGCAAGAUUCUGGUCACUUAUGGAAAUCACUAGUUACCCCUGUUUAUUUAUUGAAAAAGAAAAGAUUGAUUGAUCUUUAUACACAGAAAAAAACUACAGCGAUGGUUUCUCAAGAAGAAGCGAUCAAACAGUUGUUUGAUUUAGCAGAAAAACUUGAAGAACCUCUAAAGCAAAGUUUUCGGAAUAUGCACCAAGGAUAUCCAGCUGAAACUUUGGUGCGGUUUCUUAAGGCUAGAGCUUGGAAUGUUCCCAAAGCACAUCAGAUGUUAAUUGAUUGUAUAAAUUGGAGGAUGGAAAACAAGAUUGAUAAGAUAUUAAUGAGACCGAUAGCUCUCACUGAAUUAUACAAAGCUGUGCGAGACUCCCAAUUAUUAGGAUUGUCAGGUUACACAAAAGAAGGCCUUCCUGUUUUUGCCAUUGGCGUUGGAAAAAGUACAUACGACAAAGGUCCGGUCGAUUAUUAUGUCCAGUCACAUAUCCAGAUCAAUGAAUAUCGUGACCUAGUUGUGUUUCCUCAGCCAACAAAGAAAUAUGGACGCUAUAUUGGGACUUGUGUCAAAGUUUUCGAUAUGACUUGUUUAAAGCUUUCUGCGAUCAGCCAGAUAAAGCUACUGACCACAAUAGCUACUAUCGAUGACCUCAAUUAUCCAGAAAUAGCCGUGACAUACUACGUUGUUAAUACCCCAUAUGCAUUUUCAAAAUUAUGGAAGAUUGUGAAGAAACUACUGCGGGAAGAGACGCAGAGGAAAAUUCAGGUGCUCAAAGGUAAUGGGAAAGAAGAGUUGUUGAAAGUCAUGGACUAUGAAUCACUCCCACAUUUUUGUAGAAAAGAAGGGCGUUCCUUAGCCAGUAUGGACGACUGUUUCUCCUUGGAUCACGCCUUCCACCAACAGCUUUAUAGUUACAUCAAGCAGCAAUCAGGGGCAUGA